AUGCUCCUAUCUCAGAAAUUAAAAAAUUGGAAGAUAAAAUGAUUGUUAAAUUCUCAACGAUUUCAUUAAUUGCGGCAAUUUUUGCUGCUAUGGUAGUAAUGUUUACUACUGGUGGAAUUCUCACAUUGUUAAAAGAUUCUCCAUAUGCCAUUCAAAUUGCAUUAGUAUUUGCUGGUUCUU